UUUAUAUAUAUAUAUCAUUAUCAAAUGAAUACAAUUUUUUUUGGUCCUGUAUCGGUCUGAACAGAGAGUGUUUAGCAUCUGAACAAAGGAGCACUCCCGGUAAGUGACGGAAUGAAUCGACGCCAAUGGAUUCUCAGCAGCGUCUCCGAAAGCGUGAUGAAGUGCAGGCGGCCGCAGAGGAGCGUGAGGGUGAUGGGUGUCAUUCACUGGGCUGUGAUGCUGGGAUUGAUUCAGUCCGGCGCGCUCGGCGCGAGGAGAUUCCGCGGAGGUCGAAACCCGCAGCAGCGACGAGCGCUUCCCACCGCGCACUACCGGGACCGUGCCGAGACCACCGAGAGCUUCUCACUGGACUUCACAGCUGUUGAAGAAAACAUGGACAAUUUCAUGACUCAGGUGAAGAACUUGGCGCAGUCCCUCUACCCGUGCUCGGCGCAGAAGCUCGACUACAACAUGAAGUUACAUUUCCUGGAGAAUACAUCAGUCACCUGCAACGACGGGACCCCUGCGGGGUAAGACAACCAGCCGGUUACAAUCACAAACC